ACAGUUCCUCACAAAUUGAAGCCGGUCACCUACCCUACCCUACCCGAACCCCCAGCUGGCCAUGGGCAGGAUGGCGUCAAGACUCUCAAGACCGUUGUCGUUGUUUUGUUCCUUUUCCAUUCCUCUAGGCAUACCUUUUCUUGUUGUUCACCAUACCAAUCGCAUCGCCCAAUUCCCUCUCUUCCACGAAUUCCUCUGCUUUCAAAAUUCAAUAGUCUGUAACAAGAACCCAUUACCCCUUGCCUCCGUAUCCGUAUUUUCCCAUAUUUUAGGGUUAGGGUUAUGGUUAGACCCACCGAUCCCUAAAUCCUAAACAAAUUAAUCCAUGUCGAAACUUUCAUUAAUUUCCACCUUAUGCAUCGCCAUUUUCUUAUCCAGCCUCUGCUUCCAGAUCGCGCGAUCGGAGCCUGACGCUGCAAUAUUAAUUCAAGAAGUCACGAACAAGGAUGGAAAGGGUGAAGCAUGCGCAGGGUUAAAAGCACCCGCUUCAUGCCCAAUCAAUUGUUUCCGUGCGGAUCCUGUGUGUGGUUUUGAUGGUGUUACUUACUGGUGUGGGUGCGCUGACGCUAUGUGCAGUGGCACUCGUGUUGCUAAAUUAGGGGCUUGCGAGGUUGGAAGUGGUGGCAGCGCUUCUCUUCCCGGUCAAGCACUUCUUUUGAUUCAUAUUGUCUGGCUUAUCUUGAUUGGGUUUUCUCUCUUGUUUGGGUUUUUUUAAUUUGACAAUUUUGCAAUUUGGCUUUGAUUCUGUCAUUUAUUAUUUAUUUUGUGCCGAGGUUGAGAUGGUUGGGGCUUGUCGAGAUUUCCCAUGCUUGUAAAAAUAUUCAUUGAGUUAAUACCGUAAUUUUUUCAUUCUUUCUUA